UUUACGAGUUACCAAUUACUUCCAUUAGCCAAUCCCACCCUGACGCAUGCCUAGUGUACCAGUAAAAAUUAGCAUAGCACUGCAUUCUUAUUUUUCUAUCAUGUCACCUAUAAAAAUUUGUGACAUUUUAUGAAUUGUUAUGUGAUCAAUAUGAUCGCUAACCUGCAAACGAUGUUCACUCUAUCAAGAGUGUACGACUGAAGAAAGAGUGAGAGAGAGAUAUCCCUACAGUCAUACUGACAUCUAGUUGACGUUCCUGGAAUAAUGGAAAUAUAAACUCAUGACUCACAACCGGUAUAAUGUCGCUUACAAGUAAAGGAAGCCAGGAUUAUAAAAUGUAACACUGGCCAGUAAUUUACAUUGUUUUGUUACGUAAAAAAAUUAUUACAAAAGUAGCCGUACUUCAUGAAUUCCUAUAUAAAAUAUCGUAUGUUCUAAGUUAGGAUAUAACCUAUCAUCAUCAUAUCAGCCAUUACCUGUGGCAGUCUAUGGGGAGGCCUAUCCCCAUUGACUGCCACAAGAAACGGUCCUGAGCCACUAUUUUGAUAUGGUAUUUGUUUGUAUGUAUAUUAGUACGUAUGUACUCGUAUGUUAGUCUAUAAGGUAUUUAUAUAUGAGCCUAUGUCUAUAUACUUGUUGCUAGAAAUAAAGAAAAUAAAAAAUAAUUUGCAGGUCCGCCGCUGGCAAGUGUGGGACCAGAAGGUGAGCAAAGACGACGAGCGGCCCAAAUUCCAGAAGAACUCCAAGAAACAAGUGCAGUUUCUCAAGGGCGAAGAUGGCGAGCCCUGGGUGUGGGUGAUGGGCGAACAUCCUGACGACAAGUCGAUAGACACCAUACUGGCGGAAGAGGCGCGGCAGCGGGUGUUUGCGCAGGCGCGUGAGGAGGCGCACCAGCUCAGGAAGUCGGUGGAGAAGGAGCUCACCCAGCUUAUAGACUACAAGCCGCUCGAUAGCUUAGAACAGGUAAACAAUAUUUGAUUUGUCAUAUGUCUAUAGAACCUCACGUUAGCAGGUUUUUUAAUUUGUGAAAACGAAAUGGA